AUGCCGAAGAACAAGGGAAAGGGAGGAAAAAACAGGAAGAGAGAAAACAACGAAGCUGAUGACGAAAAGAGAGAGCUUGUCUUUAAGGAAGACGGACAGGAAUAUGCACAGGUUCUUUGUAUGCUCGGUAACGAACGUUGUGAAGGUAUGUGUAUUGAUGGUAAAACACGUCUUUGUCACAUACGAGGUAAUAUGCACAACAAGGUUUGGAUCGCCGCCGGUGACAUUAUCCUUGUCGGCCUCCGUCAUUACCCUGAUUACAAAGCUGAUGUAAUUCACAAGUAUAUGCCAGAUGAGGCAACGUUGUUGAAGCUAUAUGUGAAAUUGCACGGCAGUAGUGUCUCUGACGCGGCCGCGAUCAAGUUCUCGCCCUCAGCGAAAGUGAUAUUCAGAGAACUAAGUUUGGAACUAAAAUUGAAGACCGCAGUUCGCGCUCAUAUUUUGCGGCCGCAGUUGGAGGAGCGCUGA